AUGUCCAUCAAGCAGCAAGAGCACGAGAGCCUUGCGGAUUAUAUUAAGCGAUUCAACGAGGAGUCGCUGAAGAUUUCAGAUCUUCAGGACGGGGUUGCAUUCACCGCCCUAAUGUCCGGACUCUGGCCGGGAAAGUUCAGAUGGUCCCUCGCCGAGAAUGAAGUAACCACCUUUACCGAAGCCAUGAGUCGGGCCCAGAAAUUCAUCCAAGCCUCGGAUAUCUGUAAGCCUGUCGGGGAAAAGGCUAAGAAGAAGAAGGAAGAGCUCCCUUACCGGGAGCCAAACAGAAACACGAGGAACCACCAACAAUUGCUCCCGAGAGCAGUGGAUAACGGGAAUGACCCACGUUUUAACAGAAACAGACGGGAGAUUUACUUGGAUCUUAAACACAAGUCGGUACUACCCAUUCCCCCACCUAUCAGAACUUCCAAAGAUAGGCGGGAUCAGAGGUUAUGGUGUGAAUACCAUCGGGAGUGUGGUCACACCACGAAAGAUUGUCGGGAGUUGAAGAAGGCCUUGGAUCACUUGGCUGAUCAAGGAAAGUUGAACAGAUACAUCAAGCAUCCCCGAGAGGAGAAAGGGAAGGAGAAAGAAGCAAGAAACGAUAGUGACAACACCGACGGGUAUGUCGGUGUCAUAGCCGGGGGGCAUGCCUCGGGAGGAUCAUCUGGCCGCGCUCGGAAGGCCCACCUCCAAGCAAUGACACACCAGGUGCUAGAUGUAGAGCCUGCAAGGACGAGAUGCCCGAUAAUGACAUUCGGGGAGCCUGACCGGCACUUGCAUACCCCUCACGAUGACCCUUUGGUCAUAGAAAUGAAAAUAGCAAACUCUCGGGUAAAGAGGAUCCUCGUUGACAGUGGGUCCUCGGCCGACAUCAUCACACUUGAUUGCCUACUCAAACUGAAAUACCACGCGAGAAGGAUGUGA